GCCUUGUCAUGUGACCGAGGUUCCUGCUUCGUACUAGGAUGGAGCCGGAAGAGGGGACGCCCUUGUGGCAGCUGCAGAAGCUUCCAGCCGAGCUGGGCCCGCAGCUUCUUCACAAAAUAAUUGAUGGCAUUUGUGGCCGAGCUUAUCCUCUCCACCAGGAUUAUCACAGUGUUUGGGAUUCAACAGAAUGGAAGAAUGUUCUAGAAGAUAUUACCAAAUUUUUCAAAGCUGUAGUUGGUAAAAAUUUAUCUGAUGAAGAGAUAUUUCAGCAGUUGAAUCAGUUGAAUUCAUUUCAUCAACAAGCUAUCAUGAAAUGCUUGAAAAGUAGGAAAGAUGAAAUCAAGCAGGCUCUGUUAGAAGAAAUAGUUGAUAUUUCUUCUGCACAGCUACAGGAUUUUGAUUGGCAGUUAAAGCUUGCACUGUCUAGUGACAAGAUUGCUACAUUACAAAUGCCACUUUUAAACCUUCAUCUAGACAUAAAAGAAAAUGGUGAAGUCAAACCAUAUUCUGUUGAAAUGAGUAAAGAAGAGCUGCAGAAUCUAAUAAAUUCCUUGGAGGCAGCUAAUAAGGUGGUCCUGCAGUUGAAGUAACCAACACUCUGAGAUUCUACUGCUACCCCAGAUGCGGCCAAGUGAAUACUGUGCGUUCAGAAUACCUGCGCUAUACUGACUGUUUUGCUCUGCUGAGAACGCAGCAUGUUGGGCUUACAGAGAUGAAAAUGUAUCCGCUUCCCUGCAGAACAGGAAAUGACAUGGUCGACAGGAAAUGCAUAAAAAAUGAAAGAUGAAAAAGCUCUAAUAGCAGUUUAUAUUUUCAUAAUGGCUGUUUUGCCUCAUUUAUUAAAUAUUUGAGAAAUCUUUAUAGAUAUACAGUUUUAUUGAAAGCUAAAAAUAGGCUCUAAAGUAAUGUAAACGUACAAAGCACAAAUCUACUUGAAUGUUGCUUAAAGGAAUAUAUGAAUCACAAGGGUGUAUAUUCUGGGUAUAUAUGAUUAAUUUGUAGUAUUUUAAAAAAUAGCUUUUAAAGAAUGUGUAAGCUGCAUAUGUAACUCAGGAGAUUGCAUAUCUUUGUUUCAAAGGAAAGAUUAUAAAAUAUAAAAUUUCUUAGAGAAAGAAGCUCCUCUUCAGACAUGAACAAGAAAAAAAUACUUAAAAUUGUGUCAACAGUUUUGAGUUUAUGAAUUCUAGAGAUUAAAAUCUUUUACACGGGUGGGAAAAAAUGAAA